AUGGAUCUGAAUUCGGGCCCUUCUACGUACGACAACCCACAUACCGAUGUGGCUACACCGAGUCACAUCGAUAGCAUUCGGCCAGUCGGGUUUUCAGAUUAUGGAAGUUCCUUGAACUCCUCCGGAUUUACCUCUGUGGCCUCCUAUAUCCUGCGCCAUUGCCACCGAGACGGACGGCGCUACCAGUCCUUCGCCCGGGGAGGAUACCCUCUACCCAAUGACGACAUUGAGCAGGAGCGCGAAGAAAUGAAGCACCAUAUGAUCAAGAGGCUCUUCGACGGAUCCGACUAUCUGGCCCCCAUCGGUGGUAAUCCCCAAAGGAUACUCGAUAUCGGGACCGGCAUUGGCUUAUGGGCUAUCGAUGUCGCCGACAAAUUCCCCAGCGCCCAAGUCAUUGGCGUGGACAUUACUCCCAUCCAGAUCGCUUGCGCGCCCCUGAACGUCACGUGGAGGAUAGACGAUAUUCAGACCACGGCAUGGGAUCCGCCGUAUUCCGAUCUCGAUUUCGUACAUCUCAGAUCAGUGGUCACGACUUUGGCGGAUCCGAUUCAUGUGCUCACAAUGGCCUACCAGUGGGUUCUAAAUCUCAAACCGGGAGGCUGGAUCGAGAUCCAAGAGACAUCAGCAAACAUCACCUGCGACGAUGGAAGUAUACCGGAAAACUAUCCCCCGACCAAGUUCCGAGAUUUGUAUCUCCAAAACUUCGCACCAGCCCACGGGUGGGAUCCGCUGCUCGUCAACCGGCUUCCCGACGUCCUCAAACAGAUCGGCUUCGUCAAGGCUCGUCAUAAGGAGCACAAGCUACCCAUUGGCGCCUGGUGUCGCGAUACGAGACGGCGUGAGUUGGGGCUCUUUGUGAGCAAGUAUGUUCUGUGGGAGUUUUUCCGGGCUGCCCUCGUCCAAUGGCCCCAAAUGGGCCUGUCGUCGAAGCAAGAAGCAGAAACGUUGCAACGGGAUAUCAAGAGGGCGCUGGAUAGCCCGGAAAUCCAUGCUUAUAGCCCUUGGGUUUCAGUGUGGGCCCAGAAGCCCUAUACGUAG